AUGUUACUGAAGAUGUGGCGUUUCGAACUUCUGUAUGUUAUGGUCGUGCUGGUGAUGGGGUUGAUCCACUAUUGGGUUUACAAAUGGAGGAAUCCGAAGUGCAGUAGGAGGCUACCUCCCGGUUCCAUGGGACUGCCCCUUAUCGGGGAGACCCUCCAGUUCCUCGUCCCCAGCAAGUCCAUUGACGGGCUUCCUUUCUUCAAGAUCCGGACCAUGAAAUAUGGCCGGAUUUUCAAAACAAGCUUGGCGGGGCGCCCUGUGGUAGUUUCCUCGGACCCUGAGUUUAACUACUGCAUAUUGCAACAAGAAGGAAAGUUGGUGGGGAUUUGGUACUUGCACUCCUUUGCCAGGCUUUUAGAUGCGAGAACCAAGGGAAGACAUGGGGAAUCAGCCCCAGUCGCUCCGAUCAGUCACAUUCACAAAUGUGUGAGGAACGCGAUUAUGAAUCUAGUAGGCAGGGAAGCUCUGCGGGAAAGAAUCCUCCCCGAUAUGGAAGAAAUUUCCCGGAAAACAUUGUUGGCCUGGUCCUCUCGUGACUCAUUGGAUGUAAAGAAAGAGAUAACUUUGGUUUUAUAUGGUUUUCUUGCAAAGAUUCUGUUCGGUUUCGAACCGGAGAAGAACAUGAGUGCUAGCGAGAGGUCCAGUUUCAACCUCCGAGGUCUAGUGUCUUUUCUACUGAGCAUUCCUGGAACUAGUUUCAACAAGAUCUUGAAGAAUCAUAAUAUGGUUAUAAAAAUGAUGAAGCAUCUCAUAGACGAGAGACGGGCUAUGCCCGAGAAAUGCAGAGCGGAUUUGAUAGAUGAAAUCCUUGAUAUGAUGAAGACUGAGAGCUUCAUUUCUGAUGAAUUUGCCACAUUUGCAAUGUUCGUGAUCCUCUUUGCAAGUUUUGAAACGAUAUCAUCUACUUUAACCGUUGCCAUCAUGCUUCUAACCAAACAUCCUAUGGUCAUAAAAGAACUGGAGAGGGAACAUGAGGAAAUACUUAGAAGCAGAGAAGAUAGGGAAGGUGGGGUGACUUGGAAGGAGUACAAAUCAAUGAACUUUACAAUGCAGGUCGUAAAUGAAUCACUCAAGCGUCGAUUCAGGAAUCUUGAGGAGGGAUACAAAAUUCCUGAAGGUUGGACAAUCAUGAUCGUUCCAGCAGCUAUUCAGUUGAACCCUGAUACGUACGAGGACCCGCUUUCAUUCAAUCCAUGGCGAUGGCAGGAUUUAGGACCGACUUUUAAGGCAAAAAAUUUCAUCCCCUUCGGAGGGGGGGCGAGAAUGUGUGCUGGAGCCGAGUUCACUAAGGCAUUCAUGGCGGUUUUCCUUCACAUCUUAGUCUCGAAUUACAGGUGGGAGAAAGAGAAGGGAGGGGAGAUUACCCGGUCUCCAAUUUUAGGGUUUGGAGAUGGAUUUUACAUCGAGAUACGCCUCAAAAAAUCCCAGGCCGAGGGCAUCACUCUGGUGACUAACCCGGUAUAUCCGGUCCAUGAGCUUAAGGUAUUUGAGAAUGUGGAGCUCAAGGCCUUGACCAAGAAUUUCGCAUAUGAACUUUCCGCCUGCAGGGACAGAGUCUACAGGGGCUGGCUCAAUGAGAAGAAGUUCGAGAUAGCCGUCCAAUUUGUUGGGGUUGUCGAGCGUAUCCCCCCGACUGAAGAGCUUGGCAAGUGA